UCCCCAUUGCUCCGUUUUCUUGUCCAUUACGCCCUAUCCCUCCGCCUCUCCUUUCUUUUCUUUUCUUUUUUUUCCUUCUCCUUUUCCGCCUCUCUCCCCCUUUCUCCGGCUCCGUGUCAUUUCCUCCUUGCGCUCGCUCUCUCGCUGCCCCAGCGUCUCCAGCCGGGAGAGUAGGCGGAGCGGGGCGGUGCGGGGUGGCGCAGCUCUGCAGGGCGAUGGUGGCGGAGCUGCUGGGGGCGGAGGCAACGUAGCCCCGCGGAAAAGGAGCCCCCGGCGGCGCCUAAGUGGAGCUGAGGAUGGAGAACCGGCCUGGAUCUUUCCAGUACGUCCCUGUGCAGCUGCAAGGGGGGGCGCCCUGGGGCUUUACCCUUAAGGGGGGUCUGGAACACUGCGAGCCGCUCACAGUGUCGAAGAUUGAAGAUGGAGGCAAGGCAGCCUUGUCCCAGAAGAUGAGGACUGGUGAUGAGCUGGUGAAUAUCAAUGGCACUCCACUGUAUGGCUCCCGCCAAGAAGCCCUCAUUCUCAUCAAAGGCUCCUUCCGGAUCCUCAAGCUGAUCGUCAGGAGGAGGAACGCCCCUGUCGGUAGGCCGCACUCAUGGCAUGUGGCCAAGCUACUGGAGGGAUGCCCUGAAGCGGCCACCACCAUGCAUUUCCCUUCUGAAGCCUUCAGCUUGUCCUGGCAUUCCGGCUGCAACACAAGUGACGUGUGUGUGCAGUGGUGUCCGCUCUCCCGGCACUGCAGCACCGAGAAAAGCAGUUCCAUUGGCAGCAUGGAGAGCCUGGAGCAACCAGGCCAGGCCACCUAUGAGGGACACCUCUUGCCCAUUGACCAGAAUAUGUACCCCAACCAGCGUGACUCAGCCUACAGUUCCUUCUCGGCCAGCUCAAAUGCCUCUGACUGUGCCCUUUCCCUCAGGCCAGAGGAUCCAGCCUCUGCAGACUGCAUCGUGCAAGGCCUAGGGCCAGCUAAGGCCCCCAAUGGCCGGCCUAAUGUGGCUGAGACCUCAGGAGGUAGCCGGCGCACCAACGGCAGCCACCUGAUCCCCAGCUCCCAGAUGUCAUCCCGCCCGCAGGAAGGCCAACACACAGGGCCUGCCAAGGUGGUCAGGGGCCCACCACAACCUCCAGUGAGGCGGGACAGCCUUCAGGCCUCCAGAGCCCAACUCCUUAAUGGAGAACAGCGCAGGGCAUCCGAGCCUAUGGACCCCCUGCAACAGAAGGAGAAACCGAGUGUAGAGACAGUGCUAUCUCCAAGGAAUCCUAACAGGUUCUGCUGCCUCAGUGGACAAGACCAAGUGACAAGUAAGGGCCAUCAGAACUGUGAGCUCAGCCAGCCUCCUGAAUGCAGCCAGCAGGGCUCUGAGCAUCUACUGAUGCAGGCAUCAACGAAAGCUAUUGGAUCCCCAAAAGCCUGUGACAAAGCUUUUAGCUUGGAUUCCAGCCCGCUCAAUGAGGCUUCAGCAGAGCUACCUAAGGCUUCUUUUGGCAGCCCUCCACAUCUCACAGGACUCACAGGGCAUCGCCAUAGUGCCCCUGAACAGCUGCUGGCAUCCCACCUGCAGCAUGUACACCUUGAUACCAGGGGCAACAAGGGGAUGGAGCUCCCAGCUGGGCAGGAUGGGCACCAGUGGACUCUGUCCCCUUUGCACAGCAGCCACAAAGGAAAGAAAAGUCCAUGUCCCCCUGCAGAAGGAACCCAGGACCGUCCCAGCAAAGAAAGAAAGACCAGACCAGUGGAUGAUAGGCCUUUGGGUUCAGAACACCAGAGCCAAAGCAGUUCCCCCCAUGGAGAGGCUGAUGGACACCCUCCAGAAAGAAGUUUACUGGACCCAAACAGAGCAAGCAGAGCAGGCAGUGAAUCGGCCAGCCAACAGCCCUCUGCUUCUGGCUCCCUUGUCCAACAAGCUAAGGACUGUUCUUCAACCACUAAGAUAGCCAGCGGCACAGAGUCAACUGAAGAAGGGGACAAUGAGCCCAAGGAGUGUGGCCGGAUGGGUGGUAAGCGAAGCGGAGGGACCCGGGGCCGCUCAAUCCAAAACCGGCGGAAGAGUGAGCGUUUUGCCACUAAUUUGCGUAAUGAAAUUCAGAGGAGGAAAGCCCAGCUCCAGAAAAGCAAGGGUCCGUUGUCACAGCUGUGUGACACUAAGGAGCAGGUGGAAGAGACCCAGGAUCCCCUAGAAAGCCCUCCACUCCCUGCUUCUAAUUCAUCUCUUCUAUCUUCAUAUAAAAAACCCCCUAGUCCCAGAGACAAGCUUGUCGACAAAAGCAUGAUACUCAGGGCUAGGUCGUCAGAGUGCCUCAGCCAAACCCCUGAGAGCCAUGAAUCUAGGACAGGCUUGGAGGGACAAAUAAGCCCUGGCCAGAGGCCUAGCCAGUCCUCUUUGGGCCUAAACACCUGGUGGAAAGCAUCUGACCCAUCCUCCUCAGACUCUGAGAAAGCAAGUGCUCCCCGUGGAGUCCGUGGAGGUCAUUGGAGAUGGUCUCCAGAGCAUAACCCACAGUCACAUGUGGCGCUAGCCAUGGAAGGCCCUUCCAGCCCAGGUGACAACAAGGAAUUGAAGGCUUCUACUGCCCAAGCUGGGGAGGAAACCAACCUCUUGCCCUUCGCAGACAGAAGAAAGUUCUUUGAAGAGAGUAGCAAAUCCUUAUCUAUGUCCCAUUUGCCAGGUUUAACCACUCACAAUAACAAGACUUUUACUCAGAGACCAAAACCUAUAGACCAAAACUUCCAGCCAAUGAGUUCAAGCUAUAGGGAAUUGAGGCGCCAUCCCAUGGACCAAUCAUAUCAUUCCACAGACCAACCAUAUCAUGCCACAGACAAAUCAUAUCAUUCCAUGUCACCCCAUCAGUCAGAAACUCCCACUUACCCUGAAUGCUUUGUGAGCAAAGGUCUAGAAAAUUCCAUGUGCUGUAAGCCACUGCACUGUGGUGAUUUUGAUUGCCACAGGACCUGCUCUUACUCCUGCAAUGUACAGGGUACUGUAGUCCAUGACCCUUGCAUUUAUUGUUCUGGGGAAAUCUGCCCUGCCUUGCUAAAGAGAAAUAUGAUGCCAAACUGCUACAACUGCCGGUGCCACCACCACCAAUGCAUCCGGUGUUCAGCUUGCUGUCAUAAUCCUCAGCACGGUAACCUCGAGGACAGCAGCUUGGCACCUGGCAACACUUGGAAACCCAGGAAGCCAACAGUGCAGGAAUUUCCUGGGGACAAAUGGAAACCAAUAACAGGAAACAGGAAGACCAGCCAGUCAGGAAGGGAAAUGGCUCAUUCCAAGGCUAGCUUUUCAUGGACAAGCCCCUUCCAUCCUUGCCUUGAGAACCCGGCACCGGACUUGUCAAGCUACAGAGCAAUUUCUUCUUUUGAUCUCCUUGGAGACUUCAAACAAGCCUUGAAAAAGACAGAGGAAACCUCAAUGUAUGAGGAGGAGAGCUCCCUUGCCUCCAUGUCCCGCCCACUGCGCAGCCGUGCCUUCUCAGAGAGUCACAUCAGCCUGGAGCCCCAGAGCACCCGGGCCUGGGGGCAGCAUAGGAGGGAGCUCUUUACCAAAGGGGAUGAGACCCAACCAGAUCCUCUUGGAGCCAGGAAAAAGGCCUUUCCUCCUCCUCGCCCUCCUCCUCCCAACUGGGAGAAGUACAGGCUCUUCCGUGCAGCCCAGCAGCAGAAGCAACAACAGCAGAAGCAGCAACAGCAGCAGCAGCAGCAGGAGGAGGAGGAGGAGGGGGAGGAUGAGGAAGAGGAGGAGGAAGAAGAUGAAGAGGGAGAAGAGGAGGAGGAGCUGCCACCCCAGUAUUUCAGUUCAGAAACCACUGCUUCCUGUGCCCUCAAUCCUGAGGAGGUCCUGGAGCCGCCACAACCCCUUAGCCUUGGCCACCUGGAAGGCUCAAGGCAGGGUUCACAAAGCCUGCCAGCAGAGCAAAAGUCCUUUGCUCUCCAUUCCAGUGAUUUCCUGCCCCCAAUAAGGGGCCACUUGGGAUCUCAACCUGAGCAGGCUCAGCCCCCUUGUUAUUACGGCAUUGGUGGGCUUUGGAGGACAUCAGAGCAGGAGGCAACUGAUUCCGCCAAACCAGAAGCUUUGAUGGCAGAAGAGGCCAAACCCAAGCCAGCAUGGAGCCAGAGCUACUUUUUUCCUGAGGAGAAGUUCUCUUUCAUGGGCUGGGGUUCUGAGAAGCAACGCCUCAGCCCUGCAGGCUUCAGUGAACCCAAGACAACAGGGUCUGCUGCUACACUUGUCAAGCCCCUGGGUGCCACUGGUUCCACCUUUUCCCCAUUUCAUUCUCCAACCAUGAAGGAGGCUGGGGCCACUGGGAAUAUGCCAGAAGUGGAGAGAUGCUAUCCCUUCUCAGGCCGAAGGCCUGCCCUACAGCAGGCAGUCUCAGAAGAGCUCAUGCGAGAUGUGGUGGGCCGUGACAAGUCCCUGGCAGGGGUGCUAACCCCAGCCUCCAACAUGGUGACCACUGCUGAGGUCAUGGGUGACCUCUUUGCUGUGGGAGAUCUGCAGUGGAGGGGCCAUUUCAAGCAUGAGUGGCAUCAGGAAAGAAGAAAAGAUGAGAGUGUCCAGGAAAGCCACAGGGUGCCUUUACAAGAGUUUCAGCACUUCUCACCUCCUCCAGGGGCCCCAGGAAUCCCUACCUCUUACUCAGCUUAUUACAGUAUUUCUGUGGCCAAGGCAGAGCUGCUGAACAAAUUGAAAGACCAACCCGAGAUGGCAGAGAUUGGCCUGGGAGAGGAAGAAGUUGACCAUGAACUGGCUCAAAAAAAGAUACAACUUAUUGAAAGCAUUGGCAGAAAACUUUCUGUCCUACGGGAGGCCCAGCGAGGGCUGCUAGAGGACAUCAAUGCCAAUUCCACCCUUGGGGAGGAGGUGGAGGCCAACUUAAAAGCUGUCUGCAAAUCCAAUGAGUUUGAAAAAUACCGUUUGUUUAUUGGGGACCUGGACAAAGUGGUCAACCUGUUGCUGUCACUCUCUGGACGACUGGCCCGGGUGGAGAAUGCUCUCAACAGCAUUGAUUCAGAGGCCAACCAGGAGAAGUUGGUGCUGAUAGAAAAGAAGCAGCAGCUGACAGGGCAGCUGGCGGAUGCCAAGGAGCUGAAGGAGCACGUGGACCGCCGGGAGAAGUUGGUGUUUGGCAUGGUCUCCCGCUACCUGCCUCAGGACCAGCUCCAAGAUUACCAGCACUUUGUCAAGAUGAAAUCUGCUCUCAUCAUUGAACAGCGAGAGCUGGAGGAGAAGAUCAAGCUCGGGGAAGAGCAGCUCAAAUGUCUCAGGGAGAGUCUACUCCUGGGGCCCAGCAAUUUCUAAUUCUAGGAGCAGUCUGCCACAGCAUCCCUGCCCAGCCACAGUGGGAAGUGCUUUCAAUCUUCUACGUUAGCAGUUUGUU